AUGUCUUUCAAGCGCUCCAGAGCUGCAUUUGAGUCCGACCGAGAGGCUCCACCUCACCACGCGCCAUUCGCUCUAUAUGGCACUCCGCUGCCCCCUUUCGAGGAGAACGCUCGCGACGAUGGAAGUUACGUCCCUGUCUGGAAACAGGAAGUGACGGAUGAGCGUGGGCGGAAGAGAUUACACGGAGCCUUUACCGGUGGCUUCAGCGCAGGGUACUUCAACACUGUCGGAUCGAAAGAAGGCUGGACCCCAAGCACAUUCGUCUCCUCGCGCAGCAACCGCGCCAAGCCUCAACAAGAUGGCGCACAGCAGAGACCGGAGGACUUUAUGGACGAAGAAGACCUCGCCGAGCAGGCUGAGUCGCAGAAGCUGGAGACGCAAGGAGCCUUUGCUGGCCUAGGCAACACAGCUGGUGCGAAUGGCACCAGAGGCAUGAUCUCAGACUUGUUCAGAAGUACAGGUGAAACGAAAGGCAUAAAACUGCUGCAAAGAAUGGGCUGGCGCCAAGGACAAGGCAUCGGUCCAAAAGUCAGACGGCGAGCUGCUGGAGACAAGACUGGCGAGACUCAUCUGUUUGCACCAGAUAACUCACGCAUGAUUCGAUUUGUACGCAAGACAGAUCGCAAAGGACUGGGUUUUGCAGGUGAAACCGGCCUUGAUGGCAUGGGCCGUGCUGCUGGUAAAGACGAGGAAGACGAUGACAGCGACGUGGACUCGAGAAUCUUGAGUCGCAAGUCAAAGGUGGCUACAAAACCAAAACCGCUGAACAAGUCUGGGGUUGGAGUUGGCGUGCUGAAUGAUGAUGGCUCAGACGAAGAAGAUCCGUACUCGAUGGGCCCGAAAAUCAACUACAGCAGAAUCAUUGGAGGCGACAAGAAGGGGAGGAAAGGUGGUCUGGUGGCGAGCAAUGCCAGUUCAAAUGUGGUGAGGCCGACUCUUCAGCAAUCCAAGAAACUUGCGCAGCGAAGUGCUGAUGUGGCCAACUUCCGGAAAUGCCACGAUGGACGAAUACCUCUCGACGGGUUUGUGCUUGCGACUGCAUCAUUAAUCAUUUCAGACCAUCACUACUCGCCACCUGAUGUGCCAUCCGGUUGGAAGCCAGCUGGUCAGAGUGCCGCAAACACAACGAAGGCAACUUAUCAGUCCACCGCUGAUGCUGCCCAAGCGUCGACGUUGGAUCCCAAAGCUCGAGCAGAUUUGCUCGGUGAAGAGCAAUUGCCCGGUAAAUCGAUUUUCGAUUUUCUCACUCCAGCUCAGCGCGAUAAGCUUGCUGCGGCCAGCGGGAAGACUAAUCUGCCUGCUGCUCUAGGCGAAAAGGCACCCAAGGGCUACGAGCAGAGCGAAGCUGAGAAACGACGCACCCUCUGGGAUUUGGUGCCGAGCCUGAGCAAAGAAACAGCCGCUGCUGCUCUGAAUCGAGGUAGGACUGGAUGGAUGCCGUAUUCGGAAGAUCUAGAGAAACGUGAGCGCUACAAAUAUUACCUCGAGCUGAAUGCAGGUUUGCAGUCAAACUUGCCACAACGUCCCAAAGGCUCUAGCCUAGAAGAAUGGGCACAGGAGAUGAGAGAGUUCGUCGAAGCAGCUGAGAUCUUCAAGCCAGUCUCGGGCCUCAUGGCGUCGCGAUUCACUUCUGGCAGCGAUACUCCCCAGCUUGCAUCAGACCGACCCGACACUAUUCCAGAGGCCCAGGAAAAAGAAGAAGAUCCUGCUGAGAAGGCCGCCAAGAUGAAUCUCUACGGUCCUCUGACGCGAAAGACGGAAUCGUUUUACCCAAGCCGUCUACUCUGCAAGCGCUUCAAUGUCAGACCACCUCCAAAUGUGGCAGCUGGCAGCGCAGGUGAUGAUCGUAGUGAUACUGUAGAAGAGAGCAAGAGAUUGGGUAUCGUCAGCCAGGCGAGCAUUGAUCGCAUGAUGAUGGAAGCAAACUUCCAGGCCAGAGGAGGCAGCGGAGAGGGAGGCGUGUUAGCUGAAGCCUUGCAGGUGCAAAGGGAGAAAGCUGAGGUCGACGUUGAGAAAAAUGACGCUCUCGAAGGCAAGAAGGCUGGCGAAGAAGUUUUCAGGGCUAUUUUCGGGGAUGACAGCGAUGAUGAGUGA